GGGCUCAAGAUUGUCCAGCAUGACAAAGAAGAGCCAUGGGCGCGGGCGGCAGUACCAAACCUGAGCCAAAGGUAAGUACAACAUCAACUGCUUCCGCUGGCGGAAGGGCUGUAGCGGUUGGCACCGCCAGUGGCGGUGGCAGUGGCGGCGUGGUUCGCUCGUCGUCGGGUCCAGAUCCGUCGAGGAAGACAUCGGAUCCAAAGCCAUCGGUACCGAAAGAGAGCAUCAAGAGCACCGCGAAUCCCACGAGUGAUGGCUUGCCAGAGUAUUGGUACCACAACAAGAUGCCUUCGAACGUGAGCUUUGAUGAAAUGUACUACACACAAGACAAAGACAUUCACAGUACUUUCGACGAGCUGUUCAAGGAAUCAUACGUGGCAAGCGCAACGCGGGACCGGAAAUGCCCCACGGGAGAGCAUGGCUCAACACCUGGGGGGUGCGAAUGUGUCAAGCCCGGGGGAGAUCCUGGACUGCCUGUGGCUUUCCGAACGCGCCGGGUCAUCAGAGUCGAGGCAUCUGAGAUGUGGCGAAGUUAUGUGAAAAAGCGAAAUGUGAUUCGCAACAGACGGGCCGAAGGAGUGGAGCCGAUGGAUCCGCCACCUAAGACGCAGAGUGUGGUGGACAGCCAUUCAGGCAUGUUCGCUCCUUUGGAUCCAACCGUGAACGAGCUUUAUGCUUUUCAUGGCACGUUUGUUCGGUAUGCCCUCUCUAUUGCUGAGAAUGACUUCAACAUCGACUUGGCCGGCUCCAGCACAGGCACCCUUUAUGGCAGAGGUGCUUAUCUUGGAGAGUCGAUCACCAAGGCGGAUGAGUAUGCCAAAGAUGAGCCAGGCGGCUUCUAUGAGGGUGUCUUCGCAGUCUUGGUGUGCCGAGUCACCAUGGGAAAGAUGAAUGUCACAUCCAGUGACACAGAAGCUGGGGAGAAAGUCAAGCGAAUGGAAUAUGACAGCACUUGUGGAAAGCGUUUGUUUCGGGAGCUAGUGAUCUACUAUUCCGACCAAUGCUACCCAGAGUACCUGGUGCUGUAUCAGCGGGUCCAUGCAAAGGAUGUUGAAGAUGAGAUUAGCAAUGUCUUGAAGCGGAAGUUUUUUAUGCAGGUGCCCCUGCACUGGAGGAAUGUCGCAACCGACUUGACCAAGAAGCACUUUCGGGAUCACCAUGAACUCGCAGACUCUGGCUAUCAGCACAUGCAAUGCUUAGUGAACCAAGCACGUGUUGCUCCCAGCCGGAAACUUCAGAGAGUCCUUCGGCUGGAGGAUUCCAGCUUGUGGGAACAAUUCGUGGAGUUCAAGAGAGACCUGCGUGAGCGCUUGGGUGGCGAGGAAGGCAUCUCAGCUGUGACUUCCGAGAUGGACAACAAGCUGAAGGUGAAUGCUGUGGAGAAAGACUUGAGAGCCCUUAUGAAACGGCCAUGCAAGUUCUUGAAGUCCGGCUGCAAGCGAGGGGACAAGUGCAAGUUUUCCCAUAACGAGUUUGCAGCCGCUAUGGAUGACAUGGGCCUGGCAGCCUCGCGGCGUCUCCCAGUGGAUGAGUUGGAUCGACGACUGCACGAAGGAUUUCUUUGGCUUGCAUGUUCAACACAUGACGAAGCGGAGGAAGUCAGUACCGGGAAGAGUUGUAAAGGGACCUGUUUCUUCGAGAAUUUGGACACCGCUCUGAAGGAGGUGAAGUCCAAGGACGGGUUGAAAUAUGCCAUCCUUUGUCGAGUCCUGUGUGGUGUGCCUGGGGAUGAUUCCUCAGCGAGUGAUGACAAAGAUUGCGUCAUUUUGAAGGUCGACUCGAAUAAUCGGAGGCAAGUCCUCAUUAAGGAGUCAAGUGCUGUUUAUCCCGAGUACUUCUUGGAGCUUUACUCCCAAGAGGAUGAAGAAGCUGAGAAGGCUGCCGCUGAGGCUCCCGAGACUGCUGAGGCUCCUGAAGGAGGAGAUGAAGCCGCAGGUUUUUCCAACGCCGUGGAAGAAGCUCCGGAGGAUGCUCCUGUUGAAGCAGAUGAGGAACUUAGCGAGGAAGAGAGACGGGCGCUGGAAGAACCGCUUCACCUCGGAAACGGAAACGAGGAAAUUGGAAAUGAUGAGUUGCCAGUACCUGUGAGAGAUCCAGAUGAUAUCUCUGAAGAAGGCUCGGAUCCAGGUGAUCCAGGUGACGUCCACGAGGACGAAAUAAGAUAUGGCGAUGACGAAGAAAGUGACGUCGAUCCCGCCGACCUUGGGCCCUACUGGUACAUCAAAAGAGAUGACAGUGGCAUGAUGGACGGCGAACCUUCCGAGUUACCUGAGGAUGCCAUUGCGUGUGCCGAAAGGGAAGCUGAAUGGGGGGACUUCAUCAUAGUUGUGGAUAAGAAUUUCAAAAUCCUCAAGCAGUGGAAUCAGCCCAAGGGAAAGGCGGCUGCAAAGCUGAAUGAGAUGAGAGAAUUCUGGGAGCUCAGCAAAGAUGAUGAGGAGUGGAGCUCCGAUGGUUCUUACUUCUGAGUUGACACUACGAUUCCAGAAAUGGCACUGAGCCGCCUGAGCCUCGCCACGCCACGUGCCUAAUUGUCUCACAACAAGUGGAGCUCGGAAGUUCACCACUCAGUGACAGCCUAAAGGCUUGACGUUCAAACUGAGUGAGUUGGAUUUCAGUCACCAUUUGUACCAAGGAAGGAUAAGAAAA